AUGAAACCGCUUAAGGAUAGAUGGGAAGAUGAACUUAUUAAAUGGCAGCGCUUACAUGUUGGUUCAAAAUUACCAAAAGCAGAGUUUGCAAGAAUAAUAACGGAAAUUUGGGAUACUUUGAAUCCAGUGAUUUUGGAAAACGGAUUCAAAAGAACUGAAAUUUUUCCUGUUAACCGGGACGCAAUUGGGAAAGACAAAUUUGAUUCUUUGUCGUGGCAAAAGUGGCAGCAAUUCAUAGAAAAUCAACAAUCUGCCUUUAAUAUUAAUGAAAAUGAAUCGAGCUCAUUAACAUCAGAUUGCAGUUUUGAAUUAGCAGACACUGAUAACUCGGAUUAUGAAAAUUUUGAAGACUACAUAGCUGCGUGCUUAAGCGAAGAUGAGGAAAAAGAAAACUACCCGACAGAAAUUAAAUUUGGCUUGUCUGACAUUGAAUAUUUUGCCGAUGAAAAAAAAAUCAAAAACGAUGAUUGGAUAAUAGCCCAAUUUACUACAAAAAAAAGUGUGAAGCACUUUGUUGGCCAAGUUUUGACAUUAGAUGAUGCAAAAUGUCCAACAGUAAACAUAAGGGAAAAGGCGGUAGACGGACUAAAACUAAAAAAGGAAGACCUAAGGUAUCCGAACGUGUCACGAUCUGAACAACUUCAAGAAGCUGCGGCUCGUUACCGACAAAAACACCCUGAAAAACGUCGAGAAACCGUAGAACUUUAUAAUUCUUUACAUCCAGACGCCAACCGGGCAUCUGUAGCACAGUACAGUGCUUCACACCCUGAAGUAAACCGCGCAGCUGUAGCACGCUACAGUGCUUCACAUCCGGAAGUCAAUCAGGCUGCUGUAUCUCGCUACCGUGCUUUACAUCCGGAAGUCAAUCAGGCCGCAGUAUCUCGCUACCGUGCUUCACAUCCGGAAGUAAAGAGACAAAACUUAGCGCGAAAGAGAUCUACUGACAAACUAAAGUUUAAGGGAAACAUAGAAACAAUCACUAGAGUUCUUACAACUAAACUUAAAGAUAGAUUAGAAUCAGAAAAAAUAGUUAAGUGGACUCUCCAUAAUAGGCAAAGAACUUUAGAAGAUUUGAACAAGACUGCAAAUAUAUUAAAAGAAAAAAUAGUAGCGGCAUUAGAGAAGUUGAAAAUAUGUCCUGAAAGCACGGAUAUAAAAGACAAAUUUGAAGAAUUUCUUGGUAAAUCCGAACAUAGCAGUAAUCAGGAGCCAUUUUAUUCUGAACAAGCUUAUAAGGUUUAUGAAGAUAAAGAAAAAUCUAUUGAGAUUGAUGACACUGGCAAAGCAAAAACCAUUACAAAUGUCCAAAAGUCUGACAUGGUCUUGUUCGGAUUCAUUACUAUUAUCAGAGAGAUUUAUCAAAUACACAGCGACUGUAAGUUAUUGCUUGAUAUUGACGAUUCUUUGGCAAGUGGUAAUGUGGAUAAGCUUAUGGAGCUAGGAAAGCAACCGACGGUAGGAAGUGCCGUUGUAGAGCGUACAACUGAUAGUGAAAUCGUGGAAGAUGAAAUAAUAAAAAAUUUACCUAAUCAGCUCAUAAACAUACAAGAAAAUAUUCAACAUAAUGUUACAAAUACACCAGAUAAUGCUGAAGAAGGCAUUUUAGAAGAUGGUAGACACACAAGAGAAAAGGAAACUGAUUAUGAGCAUUACACCUUAUAUCCUUUGAAUGAACGGAGACAAAAUGCACCAGCUUCAGAAAUCUACCAAAUGCUCAAAGUAAACACAGCACCGAUUGUUGCCCGAGAUAAAGACCUCGCUGUUAAAUGUUUUCCACAUUUAUAUGUGAUUAUGAAAUUGGCCUAUGAAAAUGUUUUCAUAGGCCAAUUUCAUAAUCGGCAGCAGAAAGUAACUUCUAGUGAAUUUAUUAAAGCCCGGCUUAUGACAAAACAUCCUCAAUUUAGACUUAACCAACUCUUAUUAGUUUGUGGACUUAACCAACAGUAUCUAUUUUUCUUAUUGAAUGAUGCUAAUAUGCGCCAAUUAAACUCCGGAAUCUUUUAUAAAAUGAAUUGUGCUAAUCAGAGAGAUAAAAUUACGGCAGAACAGUAUCUCCAAAUGCUUAAAAAUGAUGAGCUGGAAGGUGAUUUGACCGCAAUAUUUGGCCGAGUGAGAAACACCGAACAGUUCUGGAAGAAACCAAGAAACGAUGUAAAUUGUAUGACUCAAAAUUACUGUCUAGCAACUUGGUUUCUUACCAUGAGUCCCUCUGAGUGGAUGUGGGAGGAUUUGGGAGAGUACAUCAGGCAAGUAAAUGGCGUUGAAAUGGCUAAUAAAACAAUCAGUGAAUUGGUUGCUCUUGACCCCGUAUCUACCUCACGUUUUAUAGAUAACAAGUUUCAUGCAAUGUUAGACUUAAUAACUAGUUCAGAUGAGCCUUUAGGUAAGAUUAUUCAUUACUUUUGGCGUCGAGAGUACCAAUCUAGGGGUGCUCAACACUUCCAUUUAAUGUUAUGGGUUAAGGAUGCACCCAUUCUACACAAGUCAUCUAUAGACGAGGUAGCGUCAUUUAUUUCUAAAUACGAGACAUGUGCCAUUCUAAAAAAAGAUAUUUCUCCUACUUUACAUCAACGGGUCACUUCGUAUCAAAUGCAUAAACAUAACAGUUAUUGCAUGAGGAGAAAGAAAACGAAAAAAGGAUUCGUUUCAGUUUGCCGUUUUGGAUUUCCUCGAACUGUGACGGAUUCUCUUAUCAUAAGAGACAUUUUUCAAACUAUAGCGGCAAGAAAAACUCUCAGCUCUAAUAAUCGUCUCUACAAUAUUGUCCGCUCAAAGGAGUCAGAUAUGAUUAAUGACUACAAUCCCGCUUUGCUGUUGGCGUGGAAUGGAAAUAUUGAUAUUCAAUAUGUUGGAGAGAAAACAGCCAUUUUGAACUAUUAUGUGACCAAGUAUACUACUAAAAGUGAAAAGACCCAUGCAACCGACAUGUUUAACGAUAUUAACUCUACAAAAAGUCUUAGAAGCCGGUUAUAUAAUAUUGGUCUCAGAGUAUUAUCGAAUCGAGAAUGCGGAGCUUUAGAAGCCAGCGAUACAUUAUUGGGAAUACCACUUUACGGCACGGACCCACAAACAACAAUAAGAUGGUUAGACGUAAACAUUCAUCGUAAUCGCAGGGUUAAAUCGAAAUCUGAAAUGACUGCACUGGACCCGAAUUCCACUGACAUAUAUUACGAUUCUUGGAUAGACAACGUUUACCCUGCCAGACCUGACGAUUUACAAGACAUGAAUUUAUUAGACUUUGCGAAAGACUAUGAUUUAGUUAAUACACGGCCUGUUUCAAAUAAAGUAGAGUAUUAUGUUUUAGCAAAUAAAAAACGAGAUAGACCAUACCUAAUUAACCAUUACCUGUAUGAUGUAGAGCAAAUGCCAGAAAAAUAUUUCUUUUCCUUGUUGUUAUUAUUUAAACCUUGGAGAAUACUAGAUGACCUAAAAAUGCAACAUGAGACAUACACAGAAACAUUUAAUGCUGUAAAGGACGAUUUACAAGAAGCGUUACGCUACGGAAAUUUACGGACUGAAUUACGAAAUAUUUUACAAACAGCUUUUGAAAAGGCAGAAGAAAAAGUAGCAGAACUAAACGAAGAAAGGGAAAACAUAGUAGAUGAGGGACCCAACAAUACUUUAGAGUUUGAAGCUUUGGAAGCGGUAAAUGCUAUGGAAGAUUUAAACAACUUUGAUUUAGUUGAAGCAGAUAUUUUUGAAAUGAAUGAGUAA